CAAAGUGGUAUCAGAGCUGUAUUCUUGAGGGACCUAUGAGAGAGUGGAAACACAAGUGUGUGUGAAGGAGUGUGCUGUGUAAUAAAAAAUCACAGCUAUGUCUUCAAACAACCAUGGAAGCUCUCUUUCUAAUCCUCCGUUCACCGGAGAAGACUACAAUGUCUGGGCCAUCAAGAUGAAGACCUUCUUGAGAGGUAAUGAUGUGUGGGAAUCAAUAGAGAGGGGCUUUAAUCCUCCACGGUUACCCCAGAAUCCAAGUUUGGAUCAAAUCAAGAACCAUGCAGAUUAUGUUGCAAGACCCUACAAAGCUUUGUCUUUCCUACAAAUUGGGGUUUCUGACGAAAUUUUUCCCAGAAUUAUGAGAGCUGAGACAGCUCAAGAUGCAUGGGAAACUUUGAAGAAGGAAUACAAAGGAGAUGAAAGAGUCAAGGGCCAGAACAUGGUUACUCCCAAAAGAGAGUUUGCUAUGUUGAAGCUGAAGGAUACAGAGACUGUUCAUCAGUAUUCUUCAAAGGUGAUGGAUAUGGUUAAUAAAAUCAGAUUAAAUGGCGAGGACUUUCUUGAUGCCAUGGUUGUGGAAAAAAUGUUGGUAAGCCUUUCUGACAGGUUUGAGUCAAAAAUCUCUGCAAUUGAGGAGUCUUGUAACUUGAAGGAGCUGACAGUUGUCGAAUUAAUUGGCAAGUUGCAAGCUUAUGAACAACGGGUUGUCCUAAGAGCUGAAGAUAGAGCUGAAGGUGCAUUCCAGGCUAAGGAAAAGCAACAUGCAGCUGGUCAUGGAAGAAGGCAAACUCCUAAUAGAGUUGAAAAAGGAAAAGCUGUUGUUGUUCAAUCACAGCAGCUAAAGGACAAAUUUCCACAAUGUCCUACUUCCAAGCAAAAUCAGUAUAGGUCAAAACAAAAAACUCAGCAAGCACAUUUCACUAAUGAUUAUGGUGAAGAUCAUCUAUUUAUGCCCUUGCAUGGUAACUCCUCUAGUAACAAGGACUCAUGGCUUGUUGAUAGUGGCUGCACUAGUCAUAUGGUGAAAGACAAGGACCUUUUUACAGAGCUGGACAGUUCAGUGAAGAUUAAGGUCAAGUUGGCCAAUGGCUCUAUGGUUCAAUCAGAUGGAAGAGGCACAGUGGCUAUUCAAUCAAAGAGAGGUAUCAAAUACAUCUCUAACGUUCUUUACAUACCUUCUUUGAGCCAGAAUAUGCUUAGUGUAGUUCAGAUGUUGAGGAAUGGUGAUUCAGUAUCAUUUAUGCAUGAUUCCAGUCACAUUUAGAGUUGAUCAAUGACAGACGCAGAAACAAGCAAAGGAAUACAUUUUAUGAGCCUCCUUAUGGAACUUGCUAACUUGUUAUCUACAGAUAUUAAUCAUAAUUAACAAAAACAGUAGUCAUGUUAAUUUCUGGUGGUUCAAAAAAAUUUCUUUUCAUUUUGUUUAUUGGUUUUGUUAUUGGACUUAGUUGGGCCUCCCAUUGGGGACCAAUACGCCCGUUAAACAGUAGCAUAACCAGAUUUUCGGAUAUUCAGAAUCGGGACCCAUGUGCACAUGGGCUAAAAACAGCAGUAUUUGCAAUUGAAGAGCUAAUCAAGGACUACUUAGAGG